AUGAAUUCGAAAAGUCUGGUGCUACUACUUCUCUUCUCCCUCAUUCUCCUCCAUGAUGCUUCUGCAGAUAUCUCUCACGCUCAUGCUCACCUUGAUGUAAUUCCCACUCGCAAGAUGAUGAUGGUGAAGAAGGAGAAGGUUUUAGGGCUAAAUGAAGAGCUAAGGACUGUUCCUUCAGGACCUGACCCUUUGCACCAUCAUGUGAACCCACCAAGACAGCCAAGGACCGACUCUCAUCUCCCUUGA